AUGUACCAAACCCUCCAAUCCCGCCACCCCUUCACCACGCUCCCCCUUCUCCUGAUCCUCCUCGCCCUCGCCUUCUCCUUCUCCAUCGUCUCGAUCACCAACACCAAAUGGGUGCAGAGCCCCUACUUAUCCGGCGGCCCCAUCGUCCAUCCGGCCGCCUGGUACUCGCGCGGGCCUUUCGGCCAAUGCAUCGUCAUCCAUACAGGCGGCGAACACCCGACCUCAACGUGCGAGGCGCGCCGCACGUGCGACCAGGGGGGCGUGUUCAUUGACCCGGCGUACGUGUGCCAGCAGGUCGACUUCUGGGCGGGGUGGUUGGUGACGGGGGCGGUGUUCGCGGGGUUGAGCAUGCUUUGUGGAUGGGGGCUGGGGAGGGCAGACAUCGGCAUAAUCACCAGCGGCAAGAGCACGAACGCCGCGAGACUUCCUUUCCGUCGGUUGGAAAAGGGCAUCUCGUUCUGGACCGCAACCUUCGCUUUCUUCUCAGUACUCUUCCUGGCCGUGGGAACAUUGUUCCUACUCCAACUUCUCACCAACGACGUGCGCUGGGAUGGAGAUUCAAUCGCUCACGGGACCGCCGACCCCGAAAGCACCAGAUACGCCCACUGGACAUGGAAGACGCCCGGAGUAGCAUACGCGUUCUUGUCUUGGCUUUUCGGCGUUGUAGCGCUGGUGAUGCUGUACUCAAACUUCGUGAUCCUCGCCUCACUCAGCACGAAGCCCAACUCCUGGCUCUUCCCGAUUGCGCUCCAACCCGCCGAGCUGCGCGGGUACAGCGACAAAACCAGCGUGCUCAUGCGUCCGCCGAAGCCGCCGUACGAGGACAUCAGUCGCGGCUCGUCGUCCGUGGACGGACCGACUUCGAUCUCGAUUCUGAUGUGGUCCAGAGGCCAGGCAUCGGUGGCGGGAUCUGAGGGCCGGACCACGGAGAAGAGAAGCGUGCGAUGCCUCUUUGAAUCCGAUGACGCAUUCGCAAACGCCUUCUUCACCGGAUUAUCCGACAACAGGGUCCCCACGGUCAACACAAUUACCGGGUCGCUCAACUGGAACGCCAUCAACGCCGAGCUCGGGGUUGGAGAGGAGGCCAUUGGGAUUCUGAUUGGCGUCGGGACCAACUUUGUCGGCGGCGGCGAAGCGCUGCUGGUGUGGGGGUUCGGAGAACACCAAAGACGUGAGGGGAUCGGUUGCGGAAGAAGGGGUGCGGUCGAAGAGAUCCAUUUCCUUCAGGAAGCCGUUGUAAAAUGCAUCCUUAAUGGCAGCCCGCACGAAAUCUUCGUCUCCCUCGCUAUGAUUAGCUACGGAGAGCGCACCAUCAACGAAAGCCUCGGUCCAAUUGCCGUCGAUGGCGAAGAAUCUUAG